GGCGGCGGCGCUCUUAAGGAGUUUGUGCAACCGAACUUGGAAUCUUCACGCCGAGGAAUCGACGACGCACGGCUGUCGCGUUGACCUGUGCCCGAGAUAUGGACGUCGAAGGAGAAGGGUCGGAGAAAGAAAAGGAACGUGGCGAAAAAGAGCGGAACGCAUCAGCGUCGUCGCUAUGGUCGCGAGCCAACUCUCUUAGACAGAGUCUUCGUCAUCGGAGCCACAAGCACGCACAGUCGACGUCCGUUUCCGUUCUCAUCGAUGACCUGCCCAAAGGACGGAAGGGACUUGGGGACGACGUUCUGCGCAGAGAAUGGGGGAGCCAUCGAGACCUUUCUCGGACACGCAAAGCUCAAAGUUCGGCUCUUCUGGCAGUGUCGGACGCAUCGAGGCAAGUUGUGCGAAGACAUUCUUCGAAGUCACGACCGGGCGACCAUGUGCUCAGCACAGCCGAACCCGCGCUCAAUAAAACACCUCCGCUGGCUGUUCAAGAGGAGACAAGAACAAUAUUGUGCAUCGAUAAAGUCAGUCAAGAACUAGAAUACGGAUUGGAUUUCCAAGAGAAUAACUCGGCCGCAUCGGACUCGAUCAGGAAGCAGCGAUUCCCCCAACGAACGUCCAACGAUCUCGAUGAUGGCCAAACCGGCGGAAGUCCUCUGCGAAAAACGCAAGCGAAUCCUCAACGAAAGUUGACAAAAGAUUCCGGGUACGAGGCCAGUGUCUGCUCGGAACCCGACUACGUGAACGCUCUGUUUUUGUGCGGCAGCGCAUCGAAUUCCAUGCUGAGGAGGUCACAGCCCUCUUGGGACUCACCAAUGGCAGUUUCGGAACCUCUCAGCCUACCCUCAGGAUCGUACGUCGGUGGACUAUCUUGUGCCGGCUUCGGAUCUUUGUCAUCACCUGGCUUGAACAACGCCAUCCAAACAUCCCCUUCGGGCCCGAAAUGUGUCGGGGAGCACGAAAACGCACAUCGUCGCUUCUCCCCUGCUAGCGUGACCUACGACACAUUGGCAUCAUCUAAAUCCAAGGAAUCUCUUAAAUACCUGGGAGCUAAAACCUCAUCGUGUGAUCUUCUCAAACAAAGCGAAUCAAUGAAUUCCGACCGGAAGACGGUUGCUUCGUGGCUCUCUCGACAGCAGAAGCAGAAGACUGAAGCGGAUAGGACAUCACCGAGUAAAUCUUAUGAAGACAUCUACGAAGAAGUCGGGGGCUCGGAUUCAGCUCAACAAGAGCGGCACUUGCGCUCAGCCAGUGACCCUCUUGCGAAUCAGGAUGACAAAUCUGCAUGGCCAAAUCAAAACGGUGUGGCCGAUCGUGUGACGGGGGACAACUCGGACUCAUCGACAUACAUCGAUUCCGUUGGAUCUGAAUUGAAAUGGGGAGAUUCCUAUUCCGAUUUGAGCGCUUUCUCCGUCCGCAGCUCCAACCAAAGUUCCGGAUUCGAAUCCGGGCAGUCGACCGUAGCUGACACGGGUCGAGUCUCUCCACAGUCUUCUCUCGACGGCUCAACGAUGAUGGGAGGCUUCGGUGAACGCGUAACGUCUCGAUACCCGCUCCCAGCGAAAGAGGGCGUCGCUCACAGUGCCAAAAUUCCUUCGGUGGAGCGACAUUGUAGCGAAAGUGUAUUAUAUUUCGAGAACCAGAUGAAGAACCUGAGCAGCAGUACUAUCAACAUCAGCAAUAAUAAUAACAAUAAUACGAAAGGUACGACUGUGAGCAGUAGCAGCGUGAACAGUCACAUUCCCGGGGAGAAAAUCGAGGAAGUCGACGUUCAGAAGUCUAGUCUCCAGCACGACCCGGUGGAUUCAACGGAAGACAUCGGGCGUCCUCGGGAUUCACUGACGAGGAGGGCGAAGCUCCCUGAGCAGGACAUCAAGCAAAUUCAGAAACAGGCUGUCCUGAGCUACUUGCGGCAGAGGCAAGAGGCCUCUGUUGGUGCCAAACCGACCCAGUUUCGAAACGAGCCACCGGAAUCGGCUGAAAAACCUACUCCUAUAAAACCCAUGGCUGUCAAACUCCUAGAGGACAGUAGCGUGCCCCCUGAGCUCCCUCCGAAAUUGUUCAAAUCAUCGGAGCUGCUCCACGGGGUGGUCCGUCGACCGAAGGAUUCUCAACAGAUCGAACCGCCUAGGAACGAGAAGAAAAAGCCGCCUCUACCUCCCCCCAAAACAUUCAAGCUCAACAUGCAAUUGAAACAGACCUUCUACCCGACUCCCCCUCCAAUCAAAGAGAAACCUGAGAAACUUCGACAACGAACGAGGAGCAAUGAUUCGUCCUUAGUCAUGGCCAAGAUGGUCUACAUACCGUUGGCUAGUCCCAGUGAGGAGCAGACUCCUCGCGACUCUGCCCCGUGUCAAGCAUGGAACGGUGGUCCGACGGAGACUUCAUCAUCGGCACUUCCCCAGCCGGAUGCGGUGAAACCUCCACAAACCUGUGGGAAACCCACCCCGGCGAGACCCAUGAAACAAGAUGGCGACACGCAGUCGGUGCGUAGAAGAUUUGAUGACGGCUACGGAACCUGUCUCGACGACGAGGACGAAGCCUCAACCACGGAACCAAAGGAUCACUCGGAAAAGUCCAUUUUGAAGCCGCAGCAAAGGAAGAGCGACCCCAACCAAGCCGUUCCUAAAGGCAAUCCUCCCAAAAGCAAGCUCUCUAGGGACGAGGCAGAUGUCAAAGAAGAAAUUCGUGUAAACAACUUAUUCGAGAGCGAGCUGAAAGCUAAAUUAGAAGCGCUGAAAAAAACGAACGAAUUGAGAAAAUUCACGAAUUACGUCUCAGAAGUUGAUCAUAUAGCUGCUCUCGUAGUCAACCUCUCGCUACGAAUCGGUAGAACUACUGCGAACCUCAACGGAGCGGCAGAGGGCGCAGCAACUUACAAAGCUCAACUCGUUCAGAAACUUGAGAAGAUGGAGCUGGAGCUCGAGGAAGCGCGGCGCCUAGAGGCGAAUUGUGAGAAACGAUGGGCAUCCUUCGGAGUUCACCUAUCGAGUUUCCUCGGUUCGGGAGAUCUCAUCGAACGCUAUCUGCAUUUCAUGAAGAAUCGUGGCGAUCUUCUAGUGAAGCAAAGAAGUAUCGCUGACCGCCAACAGUCCACGCCUCGCAAGCCAUAAGACUCUGAACUCAUUCGACAUCGGUCGAAUGAUUAUCCAGAGACUGAUUGUUCUGGGCGAGCGAAUAUCCCGCUAGCCUGGGAACGUGGGUCGCACGAGCGCGAGGAGACAAGGAAUGCUCUCGAUGGGGAAAUGAGUGGCCAGCAGGACUUCCCGGAGUUCUGCUUAUUCGCACAAAAUGCAACAUCAUUUUUUUCUGCUUUAGACGAAUUUCAUGAUCAAAGGCGACUACGACUGAUGAACGUAAUGAACGAUCGGAAAAUUGCGUAUCGCUAUAGCGAUGAUAAGCUAUUUUAUCUGCAGCUAAGGUUUCUUCCCUCAGUUCAUCAAAUGACGGUCCCGUUCAAGAGGUUUUUGAAUAUUUCCCACGUCACAUUGUAUCUAGCUGUAUCAUAGCGAUUGGUCAGGGGUCCCGCGGAACCCAUGAACCUUUAGGACCACGAUUGCCCUGUUCGUGGGGAAUCGUAUGAAUUUCAGAGAGCGUAUUUCUAAAUAUACAUAUUUAAGUAAAAUAAAUGAGACCGGUUAGGCUCAGUGGAGCCAACUAAUUCCUU